GACAAGAAGUUGGUGGUACUGGGGCCCUAGGAUUGAGGACGAGGUCCGAGUGAUCCUGGACCCUUUCCUACCCACUCCUCCUCUUUCCGCCUUAUCCAUACCUCCUCAGGCAGAAUGAGGCAUGCAGGCCUGGGUGAAGGAGCACCUCUGGGCAAUUAUGGGAGCUAUGGCUAUGCUAACAGUGGGUAUAGUGCCUGUGAGGAAGAAAAUGAGAGACUCACUGAAAGUCUGAGAAAAAAAGUAACUGCUAUAAAAUCUCUUUCCAUUGAAAUAGGCCAUGAAGUUAAAAAUCAAAAUAAAUUACUAGCUGAAAUGGAUUCACAAUUUGAUUCUACAACUGGAUAUCUAGGUAAAACUAUGGAAAAACUGAAGAUUUUAUCCAAAGGGAGCCAAACAAAGUUACUGUGCUAUAUGAUGCUGUUUUCACUGUUUGUAUUUUUUGUCAUUUAUUGGAUUAUUAAAUUGAGGUGAUGCAAGUAAGUGUGAGUCUGGAAUUUAUUCCAGCUAAUGGUUUGGAAUACCACCUUGUUAAUAUCAGCACCAAAAGAUUCCUCAUUUUCAAACACUAUGGCCUUUUCCCUUCAAGAUUACUGGAUUUUGCUUCUUUUAUAAAUCACAUUAGUAAGACAGUGCUUUUUAAUACUGUUUCUUACUGACUCAUUUUAAUCCCUAUUU